AUGGCUGUAACCAAAACAUCAGGAAACCCAUGCAACCUUGUGGAUCAGGAUCAGAUAUGGAAAGUUCACGUUAACGUUGAACUGGAAUCAGCCAAAGCCUGGCCAGCUAAGUGGGGCUUUCUGACAGAAUCAUACAAAGAGGCAAUGCAGGAAAGCAACAAAGCUAAAGAGAAGAUUGUGCAAUUGGAGCUACCCCAACAUCUGAAGACACGGCCCCCCACCCCACCUGAGAAAUACAUAAAGGUGGGGCCUUCUCCCCCUGUUCCGCAGACGACGCAGGCUUUCAUUGGCUGGAGGUCUGCUGUGCCAGAGCUGCAGCUGGAGCGGUACGGAAGAGUGAAAUGUGGAAAGAGGAGCUUCCUGAAGGAGAUGGGCUGGGUCCUGGACGCCUGCAGCUGA